UUUUGUUCUAGACGCCCAAAAAUUAGCAUCUGAGGUAUUUUGGGCAAUAAUUUUUUUUCCUUUCUUUCUUUCUUUUACACCUUCGAAAAGGGGUAGUUGGGGCCCUUUCCCCCCACCCCCAUCUUAAAUUCGCCCCUGAGUAGGAAAAGUUUGUUAGCCUAUAAUCAAAGAUUCUUCUAUAGAAAAAAUACAAAUGUCUGUUCUUUUUUUUUUUAUUACUGGCAUGGUUGUAGUUUCUUUUAAAAAGAAUUCCUUUUCCUGUAGUUUAAAAAAUUUAAGUUUCUUCUAUACCAGUCGUAUAUUUAAUUCAUUUAAAAUUUAGUCAUUGAGAUUAUAGAAUGUCGGCAAAACAAAUUACCUGAUUGGCAGUGGAGGUCCCAAUUAGGCUACUGUGAAGAGAUGCAGUGAGAAGAAGAGCAUGCGCACAUACUCUUGGAAGCAGUGCCUCAUUCCAGUGUUAAAUUGGCUAAUCUAACGCCACACGGUUGGAACAAUAGCAAUUUCAAGCAUUAGGGUAUGCUGCCACUUUAAUUGACUCACUGAAUAUGCGAUGGGCUGAUAUUGAAAACCAGCCAUGUAGAAAUUCUAAGCAGCUGAGGACUUAUCCAAAGUAGGCCAAAAAUUGAAAACAUUGCUAACUGUAGCAAUCAAUUCGAAAAAUGAAGAUAUUUUUUUGUGACAAGAAAUCAAUCAUCACAUAUACAAAUAUCCAGAAGUAAUGAAACUUUUAAAGUAAAUAAUGUAAACGCAGAGAUAUUAAAUUUCAUCAUCAGUCUCAGAAACUAAAGGAGAAUGCCACUUUUAAAUGAUCUCAAAAGUAAAAGACAGGGAUAUGCUCCAGUGGCUGUGAUACCAUCCGACAGCGAUGAAGAUGACAACUUUUCCUUAUCAGUUAGGUCCAAUGAUACUUGUCCAUGCAGAGUGCCAGAUAGGAAAAACAAUGAAGCUAUCAAAGACGAGGGCAUCGAUAUAGCAGUGCACAACCCACAAACUGAUGCUAACCUCAACAUAUCUAUUGAAAAAUUGAAACAGAAAAAAAAUCAGACGACGUCAAUCUGUCUUCUUAUUACAAGCUUAGUUAUAUUUGCAAUUAUAAUAGGAUUUCUCAUUCAGUAUCAAGUAUUAAAUAAUAACAAGGCUGAUGGAGAAUCUCCCGUCAAUCAAAUGUCCGAUGUUGUUUGGGAAACCUUGCCACUCCCGUAUGCAAGCGAGUCUGUCGUGCGCCUACAGGAUUUGAAUGAUGAUGGAGUUCUAGAUAUAUUACACACAUUAGUAAGAUCAUCUUCACCUAAGGAAAAUUUCUGCAAGAGCAUUCAUAUGGAUGAACCAUGUCUGGGAGCAGUGCAUGCUGUCGAUGGUAAAAACGGGAGUUUACUUUGGGAGACAAGCUGUCGUAGUGAUAUAUUUGCCAUGAACUGUGGCAACCUUGAUAUUGAUGGAGAUGGUCAUAAUGACUGCCUUCUAGCCGGGCGUGCUGCACAGCUUUACGCUAUUAAUAGUAGAACUGGAAGAGUGUUGUGGUCAGCAGACAACAACCAAUACACUCAGUAUCCUUGGAACUUCUACCAACCACAAGUUGUCCCAGACUUGGAUCAAGAUGGUGUCAGUGAAGUGGUUGUAGCACACGGUGGUAAUGUUAAUUAUCCUGAUGAGAAGUUGGACAGAGAUGCUGGACGGGUCAUCUUAUUGUCUGGCAAAACAGGAUUGGCACUAGGACGAUACCUAAACAUGUCCGACGGCCACGAAACCUACUCAGCAAUCACUUUAUACGAGCGGCCAAAUGGGGCUCUUUACAUUUUAUAUGGUUCAGGUGGAGAGACAAUUCAAGGAUCUUUGUGGGGCAUUUCUUUGCGAGAUCUAUACUGCUAUGUGAAAGAGACAGCACCAGAAAAGGUUAAGGACCAGGUUCCUUUCCUAGGGUCAGAUUCUUACAAGGAAUCUUGGGGAAGACCUCUUCAGACAUCUGAUGUAGGUGUUAUAGAAAUACUGAGGUCAGAUGGUGAAAGGGGGAUAAUGGUACCAACAAUUUUAGCAGAUAUGAAUAAUGACGGAAUCAAUGAUUUAAUUGUAUCUUUAUUCAAUGGAAGUUUUGCAGUACUUAAUGGUGAUAACCUUACUGUUAUCUGGUCAACUGGUUUCCACGGUUAUCAAUCAUACAGGCUGGUAAAUGGUACAAGUUAGUAAUACUGUAAGAAAUCAAUUUCAUAAAUAUCUGUGUGAUUGUCUAUUGUUAUAACAUUGUCAAAUAUAUUUGUCUACUUUACAACUUUAUAACCAUAUUUUACCAAGUAUAAGGCUUGUGUAUAGGUCCAGCUUUUAGCAUUCAUCCCAGAAUAAGUCCAGGCUAUAAUUGCAGAUGGAAAUGAAAGGCUAGCAUUGAUUAUAACAGUCCAGGCAUUCCCACCAUCCAGGCCUACCUAUCUAUCAUGAGCAUAAAAAAAAUCAACAAGUAAGACUGCAGGGCUGCCCACAGGUCUUUCCCAGCUCACACACCCAACCACUGUCUGUAUUCAAGAGUUGUAUGGAUCAAAAGAAAAUAAAAUACCAGAAAACCCAAUCAGACUUUCAUCUGGCAUAUUUCGUUAAAGCGUCAUGCAUAAUAAUUUUUUUAGCAUUUUAAAAAAGUCAAUUCAAUCAAUUCAAUGUACAUUUAUUCAAUCAAUGAAUGGACAUAACAUAAAUCAUUUGAUUUCAAUAAUAAAAUUCCAUUGAUAAGGAUCAAGUUAUAGAAGCAGUUUGGCUUGUCUCAAUUGACCCUUACAAAAAAAGUACAAAAUAAAAUAACAAAAAGCACAAUUAUAAUACCUGUACCAUACGUACAAACACACGCAUAUCCCCCACACACACACUCACUCACCUACACACAUACAAAAUAACAUUACUUGCACCAUAAUCGGGUGCUUUAUAUAUACACAUACAUACAUAUACAAAUCAAAUCAAAUCAUAUCAUAUACAUACUGUACAAGUCAAAUCAAGUUAUUUAGUCAAGGUACUGUCCGAGUACUAUAAGCCCACCCCUUAAUUUCUGUGGUAUUCCUUGGCUGCCACUUAAGCUUAAUGCUCGGUAAAAUAUGGUAUAUCACCCCAUGGUUUGCCAUCUGUACAUUAUGUUAUCUGCAUGCUG